AGUUCAGAGUUCAGAGUUCAGAUUUGAGAGAGAGAGAGAGAGAGAGAGAGAUGGAUUACUCAAUUAUGUUGCUGUGGACAUUGAUGGUGUGGGCAUGCAUCCAUCUUCUCUUUCUUGCAAGAAAAAGAGGACUUUCUAAUGGCAAGCUCCCACCAGGUCCCAUCCCACUUCCCAUUUUAGGAAGCCUCUUCAAACUCGGCAGCAAACCCAACGAGUCACUUGCUCAGCUCGCCAAGAAGUAUGGCCCACUAAUGACACUUAAGCUGGGCUCCACAACCAUGAUCGUCGUUUCAUCAUCAAUCAUGGCCAAAGAGGUCCUCCAAAAGAAUGAUCAAUCUUUCUCCGGUCGAAGAGUUUUUGAUGCCGUUCGCGCACUUAACUUCCAUGAGUCAUCAAUCGUGUGGUCACAACCAACCACACGUUGGCGAAAGCUACGAACGAUAUUUAACACAGAAAUGUUCACCACAGCAAGAAUCGCCUCCAACCAAGGCCUUCGACACAAGAAAGUGCAAGAUCUUAUCGCUCACAUACAGGAGGAUCGGCUAGCAAGACGCGCAGUUGAUAUUGGCCAAGCCACCUUCACUACCACCCUCAACUUGACCUCCAACACAGUCUUCUCUGUCGAUUUGGUCGAUCCCAACUCCAAAUCAGCACAAGACUUUAAGGAUUUGGUGUGGGAACUUUUGAAAGAGAGCGGUAGGCCCAACCUCGUGGACUAUUUUCCAGUGCUGAGGCCAAUUGAUCCACAAGGCAUCAGGCGUCGAAUCGCCGCUAAUCUCAAGAAGUUGUAUGCAAUUUUUGAUCGACUGAUCGAUGAAAGGAUGUUGUCUACAUCAACAUCGUCCGAUUCUCCUAGAAGAAAUGAUUUCCUCGAUGUGCUUCUCAAUGAAAAAGAUGAGAACGGCCUCCAACUUGGCCGUCAAGAUAUCUUGCCAAUACUUACGGAUAUAUUUAUCGCAGGAACUGACACAAGCUCGACCGCUGUAGAAUGGGCCAUGGCAGAGUUGCUUCACAACCCAAAUGCAAUGGCAAAGGCUCGAUUUGAACUCAAGGAGACCAUUGGCUUGGGACAACAGGUGAAAGAGUCAGACAUCAUCCGUCUCCCAUAUCUACAAGCCAUCGUGAAGGAGACCUUGCGUUUGCAUCCACCGGGUCCGCUCUUUCCUCGCAGAACCAUAGCUGAUGUUGAAGUCCAUGGUUUUUCAAUACCCAAGAACACUUGGAUUACAAUGAACGUGUGGGCCAUAGGAAGAGAUCCCAACGUUUGGGCUGAACCGGCAUCCUUCUUACCCGAGAGGUUCUUGGACAGUGACAUUGACUUCAAAGGCCAAGAUUUCGAACUCAUACCAUUUGGAUCAGGCCGGAGGAUUUGCCCAGGCUUACCACUUGCAUUUAGGAUGGUCCACCUAUUAUUGGCAUCUUUUCUCCAUUCAUUCGACUGGAAACUUCCCAAUGGGAUGAUGCCUCAAGAUAUGGACAUGAGCUCUAAGUUCGGUAUAACCCUGCAAUUGGCAACCCCUCUACGUGCUAUCCCUGCACUAAAUGACUAGCAUUGCCUAAAUGAAUAUGUGGUUGAUCCAUUAUGAAAUUUGGAGCAAGAAUCUUGGGGCUAUAGCAAGGAUAUCCCUUGGUGCAAAAACUGCUAUGUAUGAAUGAUUCUAGACAUCUGAUCCAUAAAAAUAUAUUUUCCUUUGAAUGUGCACCAUUGAUUUAGUCUAUACUUUCCUGCAGGCAAUGAUUGUAGAGCCUGAUAGGUAAUAGGGAGUUAGUUA